GUGCAUAAUGUGGAAUGUAGCGCGCAUGCGCAAAAACGUAUUGUGGUGAUCUUGAUAGUUUACAUUCGCAACGAUAAUAUUUGACGCUUUUAUUUCAAUCUGCUAGUGCUUGAAACAUACGAGGCUAUACUUUUCGUAUCUGAAGCUCAAGACUUUCUAUCAAAGAAGCAAGUAUUUUUGUGACAAUUUCACUUCGCUACUCUCAUCACCUAGAUGGUAUAAAGACGAUGCUGUAAAUUUGAGGAAAAGAAUAACUGUUGAAUGUGCUGUGCUGCUCCAUGAUGGGGUCUAAACGAAAUGGAAGUGCCAUGACAGUUGUAGCCUUUGAAGGAGAGUUGAAUGGUAUUGUAAAGGAGUACCUGGAUUUCUGUGGUUUGGAACAAUCACAUAAAAUCUUUGAAGCAGAGACCAAAGCCAAAGGCCGUCCGAUAGAACAGCAAUUGAAAAAGCCAUGGAACAGACGAAAGGCAGAUCUUCAGUCUGACUUACUCGCUCUUUUCAAGACUGGAGCUAGGUAUGAAUUCUUUGCUAUAUGGGAUGAUAACAUUCCUGAGCAGGUCAGAAGCAACGAUCCAGUCUGUAAGAAACUUGAGUUCUACCUCAACAUCUACUUUGCAAUAUUUCCGAUCAAAUACCAAAUGAUGACGGGCAAGAAGGGUCGAAUUAAGCUAGAUGAGGCAAUGGAAGAAUUCAAGAAGUAUUUGGAGACGGGUGGAGCAUCUUUGAGUCAGACGACAGAGUUCCUUCCGUUCUAUGCGCUACCAUUCGUACCUGAUCCUACCAAACAUCCCUCGUAUAAGGAACUCUUUCAAGACAGUUGGGUACCUGAUCUACAGGUACGGCUGGAGAAGUUUAUGGCUAUCACCCUCCCGGCUCACCCUCAACCAAGGUUGUUUGAACUCUAUCAAGAUAUGAACAGCAAGAACUCUGAGCAGCUGCAGAAACUACAGAAUGCCAUCGUAGAUGCAGAGAAACGCAAUAUGACAUACGUCAAGAGAUACAACAAAAUACAGGCGGAUUACCACAAUUUGAUAGGCAUUACGGCAGAACUAGUAGACUCAUUGGAAAGCUGUAUCAAAGGAAAAACGGUAACUCCUGAAUAUGUUCAGAUGGUAUGUCAAAGACUCUUCUCAAACCAGUUGAGUGAAUCGGUCGAUGUCACUAGACCUCCAACGGCUGCAUCAGUAUUGAAAGUCUCAAUGCAACCUCAACAUAGUACCAUUCCAGAAGAAAUAAGGGAUGCGUUACCUAUUCUGCCCUCGCUUGACUACAAGGUUGUAAGGAGAGACAUGGUAUCGGCUGAUGACAGGAGAAAGGCAUUACUGCUCCAAGCACUCAGAUGGCGUUUGACCCGUAGUGAGCCCGGUGAGCAGAGAGGUGAAGUCAUCUCGGCUUAUAUCAAGAAUGAUAUCUUAGGGUGUGCCCAUCAGAAUUCUCACAGGGAGAAGGUGAUAGAUAUUCUAACUGCUGCCUCCGAUGAAGUAGUGCAGCAAUACAUGGCUAGACUGUUCAAUGCAUUCGCUUCACUUUCAGUUGGAAGGACCUACCUUGGUAGAUAUUCUGAGAUUGUUAGUACUCUUCAGAGAGCCCUACAAUCUGAAGAUAAAGAUUCCAUUACAAGAGAAAAUGCCCUCGGCACUCUCCAGAAACUCAGUCUAAAGAGACAUCUCCAGACUUCCAUGAUAGAGGGCGGUAUAAUCAAGUGGUUGGUCAAAGUGCUGGAAGAUUCGGACUCUCUUUCGGACUACACCCUCGAGUACUCCAUAGCCUUACUUAUGAACCUGUGUUUGAGAACAACGGGGAAGAGAAAGUGUGUUGAAGACAAGGCACAGAUACUCAAUGUCAUCAGUGAUCUACUUGGUCAUGAAGAUAAUGAGAUACGACCGUAUGUGAAUGGCACCCUAUACAGCAUCCUCUCAGUACCAGAUAUCAGAGAAGAGGCAAAGUCUAUGGGUAUGGAGGAAAUCUUAAAAUGUUUCAUCAAAGAGGAUACACCAGAAAUGAAUAGACAAAUUCAUUUUAUUAUCAAACAACUCAAUUCAGAUGUGAUAGGAGAUGAGGUGGAUUCAGAUGAUGAAGACGAAGAAGAUGAGGAAGAUCAAGACCAAGAUGCCAUGGAAGCAGACCUAGAUAAAGCUGAAGUCAUCAAAGCGCAGCAAGGAGAACUCGUCGGAGAAAAACUGCUCAUGGCAUUCUAUAUGUGGGAUGGUAGAACAGCUUCUAGGAGUGGUAGCCAGCUUUCACAGAGACCUGCAAGUAAACAAAGUGUUGCAGAGCCAAAGCAUCCUGCUGCUACAAAUGGUCAGAUAUCUCGACCUCAGACGAGUAGUGGAAGUAGAGCCGGAUCAGCCCAAGCUCAACGUGCGGCCUCAGCCAAUGGACCACAAGCUGCAGCAGCAGGCGAACCAUCAGAAGAGAAUGAAUCGGAACCAGCUCACCCUCAUCCAAAUAAACAAGUCACACCGAUUAAAAAUAGAUUUACUGGAAAGGGUGAAGAGUAUGACAGUGCCUUCGGAAGUAAGCCCAAGAUUCCCAGAACACCAGAGCCUGGAAAGAGACCAGGCAGUAGGGGGAUGACUCCGCCCCCUCCUAUCAAAUCGUCUGAUUCUCCGCCUCCGAGUAGACCCUCUACAGCAACAAAUAGACAAAAGAAACGUAGUGCCCAUACACUUCCACCUGUGGAAAAUGUUGAAUUAGCAGAGAGAGCUGUUCCAACGUUGAGUCAUCCUCCCUCCAGAGCAGGUGCUGCAUCCAGGAGGCAAGGCAGUGCCGGAUCAUCAGGGAGGAAUAAGUGAGAUGAGAUGGUUUAGUUUUGAGGAGUGGACACCAACCGGGCUCACUGCUAGAUCAUUUGAGAUACAUCUAUCUAGGAGAAAGAAGGAAGGACACUGAUCGGAUCAGCUUACACCUGGCUUAUUGAUUCUUUGGAUUAAUCAGCUAUGCAGAAUGUGCGAUGUCAGACAUACACAAAUAUGUGCAGAAAGAUAACUGAUGAAUUUACUUCAAUAGGUCAUGAAUAAUUUAUUCAGAAAAAGAUGAAAUCCAAAUUUAAUUCAUGUAUUAUGAAGUAUUUGAAAAAUUCACUAUUUGAAAGUGAAGUACAUGUUUUUGAAAACUUUGAAAGUGAAAUGUGUAAUAGAUUUUAUAUCUGCCAAUGGCGGAGGUUUAAUCUGUGACUAUUUGCAGUCGAGAACCAAUGAGGUCUUUGUGGAGAAAAUCACUUUUUUUCCAAAACUGUGUUUAAACAUGUUUAAAUAACCAUCUGAAUGUAAUUUUUGCAGUGGUCAGCCACUCAUCACCCACCCCCCCCCCACUUUUUAAAACCGUUCCAUGGCCCCUGACAAUUCAUUGCAAAAUUAUUAUGUAAAUUAUUAUGUAAAUUAUUGCUAGGUUAUUUUUCUCACAUUAACAAUCAUGGAUUGGCUUGCUUUCAUAGCUUAAAUUGAUCUGUCAGCUGUGAUUUGCAAUUGAAGUUUACAAUCAAUCACAAUUUUUUUUUCUUGCAAACCCCCUAAUUUCUUGAAUAAUGUAUGUUUCGCAUCCUUUGGCAUGGCGUUUAUCUACAUUUGCCACUCUCCACCCAGGUGUAGUAAAUGGGUACCCGGUAGGAAGGAAUUCCUUGAAUGCUCAAGCAUCCAAUCAGGGUAGCUUUGCUAAAGCAAGUAUGCAAUGCUCAGAAACAUUGUAUUAAGCCUUAUGGGCAAUUCCAUAGGUUGGUGGACAUGAGCUCAAUGUGUCUUUGUACAUAUAGCCCAUCUGAACCGUAACUUGAGUAACCAUUUUAUCUGCACCCCUAGUAAAAACCAUGUCUUCUUUAUUUUUUUAAUUAUAUACAAAUUUGUCUCCCUAAUAUACUUCUUUGAAAUGGAUAUAAUCAACUUUCAUAAAAGCCUUGCAUGAGGACACUUUUCACUUAUGUCCACUUUUCAUUUUAUGCAUGUCCAAAUCAUGUAACAUGAGUAACCAACACGUUUUAAAGAUUUACCAGGAGCAUAAUGAAAUUUCCCAAGUUUUGUUUUUAUACAAAGGAUAGUCAGACUGCGUACUAUGUUGUGAUAAAGAGAUGUUUAGUUCCUAUCAAUAAUAAUGGAGUUACAGCUCCAAGUAUGAGUCAAGGUGUCUCCAAAUGUAACGUGAGUAACCGUGGAAUAGCCCUUAUGAUUAUUAUUACAAAGAAAACCAAUUAUCUCUUGCUGUAAGAUAGUGGGGUUGACUAGGGCAAUUUAUUUAACUGUCAAUCUUCAUAUGUAGAGUGUAUUCUUAAGCAUGUUAGUUCUUGCGAUUUUUGUACCGCAAUUGAAAGGGAUUUAGAUACUUUAUUUAAAUUGCAUAAUGUACAUUAUUUUGUGUGUGUGUGUGUGUGUGUGAAUUAAGGGUAGUGUAACUGUGAAUGACAUCACUUUGUAAUUUAUUUCAGAGUUAUAUACUAAGUCUAACUUCUUUUGUACAUUGUGGAAAAUCACUUUCCAGAUUAGGCAGGUUGCUUGAUAUUAUGUAAAGAAGUUCAGUUGUUAAACAAAUAUGUACAUGUAUUCUAAUUGUAACAUGUGGUUGCAUUUUGUGAACUAUCAUUAUCAUUCCAUAUUUGAGUUUCUGUAGAAUUCAAAAGUGACUUUAUUAGUAUAUCAAUGUUUCUUGGUAGACAGCCAAUAGUACCAAAAUAUAUUUAUUAUAAGGUUUAUUGAAAUAUAGGAUGGCUUGUAUUUCUGUAGAACACAUCAAAUAAUUGUUUAAUGAAGAGUGGGGGGAGGGGUGGCUCUCUACAAUGUUACUCAAAUCAAACUCAUGCACUUCAAGAUUUAGUGAAACGUGACCCACAUGUUUCACUAAUCAACAAGUACAUCGUUGGCUUCAUAUUGCUGAUACCAAGAUUUGGGAAUACUUUGAAAGAGAUGUAAUAGUGUUCCGCAUAUCAGUACCACCAAGGGGGAGGGGGGGGGUGGUGUCCACUUUCAUGUCAUGUACAUGGUAAACACCAUAGUUGUACACGGACAUUCUAAUGGGGUGGGGUGUCCUCUGUCAUUUUCUCAUGCAUGUACAUAUGAUGAUGGUGACAAUGAAUGAUGGUGAUGAUUUUGAUGAUGACGAUGAUGAUGGUGAUGGUGAUGAUGAUGAUCAUCAUGAUGAUGAUCAUAAUGAUGAUGACAAUGAUGAUAUUGAUGAUAUUGGCAGUGGUGAUGAUGAUGAUGAUAAUGAAAACCAGUACUUGAUUCUUGCUUGUUUGUAUUCAUUUAGAUGCAAAGUAGAAAGGUUAUUGUCUUUAGGUGCUACAUGUAAUAUAAAUGAAUGAUUAAUUGAUGCAGAAUGAAAUUUGAGUGACUUUUAUUUUUUACAACACUAAAAGAGGAAAUUAAAUAUGUACAAAAUAAGGUGAAGUUAUAUGAUGAAUGCAUGUAUGUAUGUUUCAAUGCCGUAUUAAUAUUAUUAGUAUGCAGAAAUCUACAAUUACUCACUUGAUUCACUCUUCACAGAUCGAACAGUGAUAUAAUUUGUAGAAUAUGUAUUUUUUCCUAUUUUUCAUUAUUUGUCCAAUAAUAGUCUGUUUUGAGCAGAAGUGCCAUGAUUAUUGAUAAUAAUGGGCAUUUGUAUAUGAUUACUCCAUGAUGAAAAAUACUUUAGUAGUACAUGUGUCUUCUUGUUCCAAUGUCUAUUUCAUUUUAGGGCAAUCACUAUGUAUUUGUAUAAAUAUAAAUGACUUUGCAAUAUUUUUUUUUCUAUUUUGUUUUGAUAACACUAAUUGAAUGCCGGAAAUAUGACAAGAUAGAUGUCAUAAAUUGCAUAAAAGAAUGCUGUAUGAUUAUGAUGUUACGUAUACUGUACAGGAGUACAUUUCUUGAUUUGCAGUUUUAUUUACUUAUUUUUAUGUCGGCUUUAGCUUUCCAUAGUUUGAAUUGUGUGCUCUACCAAACUACAUUUAUUACUAUAUAGAUUGUAUAACUUGUAUUGAUAUAUUCUUGUGAAGUUGUGUGACUACGGUAACUUCUCCCGUCCUCCAUAGAGUAUUAAUUUAGCCAUUGUCUUGCUUCUUAUGUCUUACAGUUUCAUUUUACAUGUUUUCGGUUGAGAGGUAGUACUAAUUUUUUUAGUCUGAA